UUCCCUGUAAUGCAACGCGGAAAUGACAGGAACAUGAAGAAGGAAAUUGCGGAUGCGAUGGAUAAUUUUAAAUCUACUUUCUAAUUCGACGUGGAAGAUAAGCGGUCAAAGACUGGAGCUGUAGUCAACAGCAAAUAUGGCACAGGAUACAGCAAGUUCAAAGAAGAAAAUUCAAGUCAUCUAUGGUUGAGGAAGGAAUUUGGACAGUACUACAAGAACCAAGAGCCAUACCUCCAGUUUGAUAAGAGGAAAGGAAACAUGGGGGAGCAUAAACCUGGUAGCAAUCUUGAUGAUUUGCAGAGUACACUGAAUGUUGCCGCACGAGGUGGCCGACUGGACCUUGUCCAAGAACUAAUCGGUCAAGGAGCAGAAGUGAAUAAAUGCAACAAGGGAUUAACCCCGUUGAUUGGAGCUUCAACGAAUGGCUUUCUCGAUGUUGUUGAAUAUCUGAUCAGUCAGGGUGCGGGAGUAGAUAAAGGAAAUGCAGACAGUUGGACCCCAUUACAUUGUGCCUCCCGCAAUGGACAUCUCACCGUCUGCAAUUUUCUUAUCAGCCAAGGAGCAGAUCUGAAUGUAGGUACCAGCGGUGGUCAUACACCAUUGCAUCUAGCUGCUUGGAGUGGGCAUUUUGAUGUUACCAAAGAACUUAUCAAACAAGGAGCAGAGGUGAAUAAAGAUGAUAACGAAGGUGAGACUCCUUUGCAUCUAGCGGCAAAGAAUGAACAACUUGACAUCAUCCAAGAACUUGUUACAGGAGGAGCCGAAGUGAAUAACCAAGGAAAUGAUGCAAGGACCCCGAUUCAUUUGUCUUCGUUCUACGGGAAUCUUGAAGUUACCAAAUAUCUGAUCAGUCAAGGAGCUGAAGUGAACAGGAGAAAGGGAGAUAGACGGUCUCCACUGUAUUGUGCAGCACAGAAUGGUCAUCUGGAUGUGACCAAGUUCCUACUAGAUCAAGGAGCUGAGGUAAAUGAUGGUUUGUAUGAUGGCACAACGCCAUCACAGGCAGCUGUAAAGAGUGGCCAUAUUGAUGUUGCCAUAGAAUUGAUCGGUCAUGGUGCAGUAGAUGGUCUUGUCGAUGUUUAUAAAUUGCUGUUGGGUCAAGGAGCUCUAGAGGAUAAUCAUGGUCAUACCCUGUUACAACUAGCUGCUCAGAGCGGUCAUCUUGAUAUGACCAAGGAACUUAUCCGUCAAGGAGCAGACGUGAAUAAAGAUAAUGAUACGGGAUCAACCCCAUUGCUUCUAGCUAUAACAAAUGGCUUUCUAGAUAUUGCUAAAUAUCUUAUCUGUCAUGGUGCUGAAGUUGAUAAAGGAAAUGCAGACGGUUGGACCCCAUUACAAGUUGCCUCACGUGAUGGACAUCUUGAUGUCAUCAAGUUUCUCAUCAUGAAAGGAGCGGAUCUGAAUAGAUGUUCAGAUGGUGGUUAUACAUCAUUACAUAUAUCUGUGUGGAGUGGGCAGCUCGAUGUUACCAAAGAACUUAUCAAACAGAGAGCAGACGUGAAUAAAGCUGAUAAUACUGGUGAGACUCCUUUGCACCUCGCUGCGCAGAAUGAACAACUUGACAUGGUUCAAGAGCUUGUCACAGGAGGAGCUGAGGUAAAUAACCACAGAAAUGAUGGUCGGACACCGAUUCAUUUUUCUUCGCUCAGUGGGAAUCUUGAAGUUACCAAAUACCUGAUCAGUCAAGGGGCAGAUGUUAAUGAAGCAGAUAACGACGGUCAGACCCCAUCGCAUCUAGCCUCAGAAAACGGUCAUCUUGAAAUCAUUCGACUUCUCAUCAGAGAAGGUGCUGAUUUGGAUAAGAACAGAGAUGAUGGUGUCGCUCCCUUACAUCUGGCUGUGAUGGAUAGUAACUUUGAAAUUGUCCGUUUUCUAAUAAAUCAUGGAGCCAAUGUGAACAAGGUAAUCAAGAGUGGGCGGACUCCUUUGCAUGUUGCAUCUGAAAAUGGUCAUCUAGAAAUUACCCAGUUGUUAAUCGGUGAAGGAGCUGAUGUACAUUACAUCAACAAAUCUAAUGGAGAGACGGCAUUGUUUUCAGCUGUUCGUAAAGGUCAUCUGGAUGUCACCAGAUACCUGAUCAAACAAGGAGCUAAAUUGGAUGUUACUGAAAAUGAUGUAAACUAUACACCAUUACAUAUAGCUGUCCGUGCAGGCCACUGUGAUGUUGCCAAACUCUUGAUCAGCGAAGGUGCUGAUAUAGAUAUUGCGGCAGGUUAUGGUUUGACUGCAUUACAUUCGGCUGCUAUGAACGGGAAUUUUGAUAUGACCAUGUUUCUGAUCAGUCAAGGAGCUGAUCUUGAUAAGGCUUAUUCCGGUGGAUGGUUAGCCCUAGACCUUGCCGCAGCUGCGGGUCAUGUGAGGGUUUCUAGAGCAUUGCUUCAUCGAAAAGCCGAGCUGACGGGGGAAAACUCUGAAGCAAACCUGAACCUUUGGACAGAAUUACAUUCUGUUGCAGAGAGGGGUGAUUUGGAUGCUAUGGAAGGUCUUGUUAGUCAAGGAGCUAAGGUUGAUUCGCCGGGUUCUUUUGGUUGGACUGCCUUGCACAUUGCUGCUAGUAAUGGGCACCUUGAUAUGUUGACAUAUCUGCUUGGUCAAGGAGCUGAUAUGAAUUCUGGAAAUGCCUUCGGGAGGUGUGCAUUGCUGAAUGCUACUUCUAAUGGAGACCUGAAUGUCAUUGAGUAUCUGAUCAGUGAGGGAGCAGAUGUGAAUAAAGCAAAUUGCUUUGGAAUGAAUGCUUUACAUUUUGCAUCUAAUGCGGGCAAUUUAGAUAUUGUCAAAACCUUGAUUGGGCAAGGAGUAGGAGUAGACGAAUGUGAUGCAUUUGGAGCCACUUCUCUCCAUGUUGCUUUGUAUGCUGGUCAUAUAGACACUGCAAAAUACCUGCUUAGCCAAGGUGCUCAACCUAAUAAGAGGAGUAUGUGUGACUCAGUGGUUGUACAAUUUGAUGGGCAAUAUAGUCACUAUGAUGUUUGCCGAUUUGGCAAGAGCCAUGUAGGUCAUAAGGGCAGUGGAAUGCCCGAGGCCCUCACAGUCUUCAAAGGGGCUCCAGAAAAAGAUCUGUGUGGAAGUAACUACCAUGAUCAUCAAGAGGAUGAGAGAACUGAAGGUGGGAUGCAUAUAGAGCAUUUAGAAAUAUGUUAUAGUGACCUUGAUAUUUCAUCACUCGUUCUAAAUGAAGUAGGUGAUCGGACAUCACUUCAAUAUGCAGUAGAAGGGGGUCAUCUUGAGGCUGUCCAGUUUCUGGUCUGUCAUGCAGUUGAUGUGAAUGAAUGCAACAAGUUAGGCUGGACUGCUCUCCAUACUGCUGCACAAACUGGGCAUCUUGACAUUGCAGAUUAUCUCCUUGAACAAGGAGCUGAAGUAACCGCAACAGAUGUUGAUGGUAUCUCUCCUUUACAUGUUGCUGCAUUCAUUGGCCAUCGUGACGUCACCGAAAAGUUUCUUCUGCAAGGAGCAGACGUCAAUGCUCCCACCAAGGUGAAAGGUUCAAGAGCUCUGCAUGUUGGGGUACAGAAUGGCCACCUCGCAAUCGUAAAAGACCUGCUCAGUCAUGGAGCUGACAUCGAUGCAAGAGACAGUGGCGGUUGGACCGCAUUGCACAUUGCUGCCCAGAAUGGUCACAUGGAUGUCCUGAAGUUUCUGCUUCAGCACCUUGCAGAUGUCCACAAAGUGACCUCGAAGGGAUCAUCUGCAUUGCAUUUGUCCGCUGCCAAUGGACACGAUGAAGUCUCUAGGUAUCUACUGGAGCAUGGAGCUGAAGUAAAUAAGAUUAAACCUGAUGGGCCGAUUGCUUUACUUGCUUCAGAGUCUGACCAACUAUCUGGGACAGGUCCAGAUGCUGGGUGUGCUGAUGAGCAGAAGAACUGGCCUCCCUUGAAAGGACAUGCAGAUACCGAGGGUAUGACAGGACAGGGGAAGCAGGUAAUUCAUUUUCAACUUUCCAGCAACGUUCAAAGUAGACUGCAAACCAUUUUCUCGCUACAUGGUCAACUGCAAUCAGCUGACUGGCUUCUGUCGACCAGUCUCAACACUGAAAUAGUUAUACUUGUAGUUCCUGUUGUUAAUUUUCACAUUCUGAGCCUAAACUGUGCAGUCUCAACACAUCCAAAUUUGAGUAAUUGGUAUUGA